GUCUCUGUUGACAACAAGCACGACAGAUCAACAAAAUGAAACUCUCCAUACUCCUCCUCCUGGUGUCCAUCAGCCUCGUCCUCGGCCGCCCCAACACUGUGAUCGACUUUGGGGGCGAGGCCCACGAACACACUCAGGAGGGCGAGGCAGGGAGAGACGUAGAGGGAAUGUAUAGCUGGACAUCCCCUGAAGGUAACGAUUUCAAAGUCGUCUACGUGGCUGACGAAGACGGAUAUCGUGUUGUCGAAUCCAAUGCCGUCCCUGUCAAUGCUGACGGCGUGGCUGCUGACGGGAAUCAGGGGUCCUUCGCCUCAGCAGAAGGAGGAGGAGGAGAUGAGGAAGAAGGAGAAGAGGAAGAACGGUGAUGAGGGGGAGAUGAGACUGAGAGAGAUCGUUAGGGUUAGAAUGCUUGUUGUUUAACUUCGAUGUUGAAUAAAGUUGAAUUAUACUGUU